UCACUUGGAGUUUCUAUUUUUUCAAGUUUAAUAAUAGUUGUUUUCUGAUCUCCCUCCCAUCCAAACCUCACCAUAAAUAACCUCUACCUCCUUUCCAAACUUCACAUUCCUUUCUGGCUACUAGCUAGUACCCUAACCUUUCCCCACUAGUCCUUCUUUUUAGCAUUACCUUGGUGAAAAAUGGUUCUCAAAAAAUGUAGCAAACUUCCUCAGGCAGCUGCUUUGAAGCGGAUUCUGAAAAGAUUGUCAAGCUUUGGGAAGAAGCAUGGCUACAAUAAUGAAGAGGACCAUCCUGAUGAUGUGCCAAAAGGCUAUUUUGUUGUCUAUGUGGGAGAGAACAUAAGCAGAUACGUCAUUCCCAUUUCAUGGCUGGCUCACUCGCAGUUCCAAAGUCUGCUUCAAAGAGCUGAGGAAGAGUUUGGCUUUAAUCAUGACAUGGGUCUUACCAUUCCUUGUGAAGAAGUUGUUUUUAUGUCUCUAACGUCGAUGAUCAGAUCAAGUUAUGACGACUGAAAAUAGGGUUCUUUGGAAAUAUAAAAUAACUUCUGCUACAACUAAUUUGAGGGAAGAGAUUCAUUGGUCCUAGCCUAUAAUUAGCCUUUUGACAAACUUUUUACUCUCUAGUACGGCUAGCGCUUUAUGAUAUGUUUGGCUUCUUGAUAUUGUAGAGAGAAAAUAUUGCAGCAGGAGAUCACCAUGAGCUUCAAGCUGAUUUCAUUAAAAAACGUAUCUUAGAUAGAUUUCAAUCAGAUUACCAGAUAUAGAUCUUCAUUUAUGUUUGAAAUGGAAAGGUGACUAGCUAGGCCCUGAUAUUCAAAGGAUCAUCCACUUGUAAUAAUUCUUUGUUGGCAUGUCUUAUUGCACUUGAUUUGCAGAAGGCGCUUACUUAUCUGCUUCCAGCCAUUUUCGUAUCUGUGUUAUGCUCUGAUCCUACUGCUUAUACUAUAUAUAUACUAAUUCUGGUAU